UGAACAAAUGCAGAAAACUAAUCCAAAUCUCUGUAAAAAUUCCCAGCAACAACAUCAUCAACAAAAACGGUAUGUCCUUCAAUUUUCAGAAACGAUUCCUAACGAAGGUCCAGAUACAGUUGAAGAGUUAUUAGAUAGACAUGUAGUAAAGAAAGAGAAAAACAAUUAUGCUAGUGAUGAUGAACUAGAAUCUAUAUCAAGACAACGUGUUACAAGUAUGAAAAGAGAGGCUCUAAGUUUAUACAGAGAUAUUAUCAGAGCAACUAGAUUUUUUGCUUGGGUUGAUAAGAAAGGUGUAUUAUGGAGAGAUGUACUUAGAGAAAAUGCUAGAAGAGCAUUCGAAGAAUCUCGUUUUGAAAAAGAUCCUGAAAUUGUAACUAAGUUGUUAAUUGGUGGUCGAGAUGCUGUUGAAUCUGCUCUCGAGAAACUUGCUGAGAAACAAAGACAAGAGGUUUUGAAACAGGAUCAAAAUCAGAAUAAUUAUAAUAAUCGUUAUCGAUAA